AUGGACAAUUUAGAUAGUUUUGAAUUUGUAUCUCUUGCUCUGGAUUCAAAUAAAAAACCCUUGUUAUUCAUCAAUCUAUACGUCCAAAAUUUCCCGGCAGAACCCCUCAAGACUCUCAUUGAUUCAGGAGCCACAUCGAACUUCAUCUCCCCUUCGAUUGUGGAAAAAUAUAAAAUCCCAAAAACCCAACUCGAAAAUCCACAAGUUGUGAGAAUGCUAGAUGGUACUAUCUCUCAGACUGGUCGCAUUUGGCACCAGGUCCACCUCACCGUCUCGGCCAAUGGCCAUGCCCACUCCAUCCCAUUUCUUGUUUGUCCCAUUGGCAACACCCCGGCAAUCCUAGGCAUGACAUGGUUAACGACAGAAGCCCCUCUUAUUGAUUGGCAACAGGGACUAGUCGCAUUCCCUGAACAGGUUCAAAUUGCCUCCGAGGAAGAAGCAGACUCAGACCCCUUAGCAGACCUUCCCCCUCAGUACCAUGAGUUUGCUAAGGUCUUUGGCGAAGAAGAAUUUAAGGUCCUCCCUCCACAUAGGGAGUACAACAUCUCUAUUGACCUUGUCCCAGAUGCCAAACUGUCUCCUGGCCCCAUAUACGGCAUGACCAACGCGGAAUCAAAGGCGCUAAAACAGCAUAUUGAUGAGGAAUUAGCAACGGGCAAAAUCCGCCCUAGUACCUCCUCAGCAGGCGCCCCGGUCAUGUUUGUGAAGAAGGCUGAUGGGUCCCUCCGACUAGUUGUUGAUUACAGGAAGUUGAACAACGUCACCCAUAAGAACGUCUAUCCUCUACCCAGGCAAGAUGACUUAAUGGCCAAACUUAGGAACGCAAAGCUAUUUACCAAACUGGAUCUACGAUGGGGCUACAAUAACGUCAGGAUUAAAGAAGGAGAUGAGUGGAAGACAGCGUUCAGAACCAAAUACGGGCUAUUUGAAUAUCUGGUAAUGCCGUUUGGCCUUACCAAUGCCCCUGCUGCCUUCCAACAUUUCAUGAAUGACUUAUUCAGGGACCUCAUUGACGUCACAGUGGUCAUAUACUUGGAUGAUAUCUUGAUUUUCUCGGAAAAACCGGAGGAACACCCAUCUCAUGUCAGGGAGGUACUAUCCCGGUUGUUGAAAAAUCAGCUAUUCUGUAAACUAUCCAAGUGCCACUUCCAUGUCACCACAGUUGAUUACCUUGGCAUUGUUAUCUCCCCAGCUGGCUUUUCCAUGGACCAGAAGAAGAUUGAAGCCGUCACCACGUGGCCCACACCCAAAACAGUCAAACAGGUCCAGGCUUUCUUAGGCUUUGUCAAUUAUCUCCGCCGAUUCAUUCCUAAUUUCAGCUCCGUUGCGCGCCCUCUGCAUAACCUCACCAAAAAGGAAACCCCUUGGUCAUGGGGUAACCUGGAGGAGACUGCUUUCCAGGAACUAAAAUCCCUUGUCACUCGGUCGCCCGUCCUAAUCCACUCCAACCCUAACCUUCCCUACUACCUAGAAACGGACGCGUCAGGUGUAGCCAUGGGAGCCAUCUUAAGUCAACGAGGAGAGGAUAACCGCCUUCAUCCAGUCGCAUAUAUGUCCAAGUCUUUCUCCGGCGCAGAAGCCAACUACGACACCCACGAUAAGGAACUUUUGGCAAUCAUUAAGGCACUGGAAGAAUGGCGGAUAUUCUUGGAGGCAACAGAAAAACCAAUCCAGGUCUUUACAGAUCACAGAAACCUGGAAUACUGGAUGCAGGCUAGGACCUUCAACAGGAGGCACGCGCGCUGGCAAAUUUUCCUGAGCGAUUACAACUUCAAAAUACACUAUCGCCCAGGGAAGCAGUCAGGAAAACCGGACGCACUGUCAAGACGAUCAGACUAUGUUGACCAACCUCCCAAACCAGAGGUCAUGCUACCAUCAGAAGUCUUUGCCAACACGUCAGAAGCGGAACUUGAGAUUGUCACCAAAAUCCGAGAGAAGCUGAAGGAUGACCCAUCCCUGGAACCCAUCAUCCAGUUCCUAACAGAAGACGUAGAUAACGCGCCCCCAUCCAUUAGGAAAGCAUAUAGGGAUUACGAUUGGGAAGAAGACCUACUUUGGUACCGGGGUAAACUGGUGGUCCCAGACUGGGAACCCCUGAAGGAACGACUACUCAGAGAAUUCCAUGAUUCACCCCUGGCAGGUCACCCUGGACAACAACAAACCUUGGAACUCCUAAGCCGCAAUUACUGGUGGCCAGGAAUGAAGUCAUCAACCAAGGAAUGGGUAGAAUGCUGUCCCACCUGUCAAGCCAAUCGUCGCGCCCAUGGCCCUGUCAUUGCUCUAAAGCCUCUGGAAGUUCCCCCCUAUCCCUUUCACACCAUAUCAUAUGACUUCAUCACAGGAUUUCCAAAGUCAAAUGGUCACAACGCAAUCUUGGUAGUCAUCGACUCCUUCUCCAAAUUUGGGCAUUUUAUCCCAACUACCAAGAAGGUCACCUCUAAGGGUCUGGCAGAAUUGUUUAUCUCUCAUGUGUGGAAACUCCAUGGACUACCAGUCCGAACAAUAUCAGACAGAGGAACCACAUUCACAGGGAAGUUCCUUAGGGCACUCUACCAACGCCUUGGAGUAAAACCAUCCUUCUCCUCAGCCUAUCACCCGGAGUCAGAUGGCCAAACAGAAAGGGUGAACCAGUUCAUCGAGUUCUACCUGAGGUCGUACGUUGCGGCAGAUCACUCAGAUUGGGCCUCCUGGUUGCCACUGGCGGAAUAUGCCUACAACAAUGCAAGGCACUCUGCCACCGGAAGAACCCCCUUUGAGUUGGUUUUUGGAAGAAAUCCCGUGAUGAGCCCAUCCAACGUGCCAGCAAACGUACCCAAAGCUGACCACGUGGCUGAUACCCUGGCCCAGGAAUGGAAAGAAGCAGAGUCUGCCCUACAAAUGUCAAAGGAAAAAAUGGCAGGAUUAAGAGGAUCAACACCGGAAUACUCCAUUGGCGAGAAGGUCUGGCUGGACGGAAAAAAUGUGGAACUACGAACCAACUCCAAUAAAUUAGACCCAAGGGGGUUAGGACCAUUUGAAAUCCUAGAAAAAAUCUCCAGUCACGCCUAUCGUCUAAAAUUGCCGGAAACCUUGAAGAUCCACAACGUAUUCUACGUGGGGUUAUUGUCCAAAGUCCAUGAAAACCCAAGCCAACCAUUCCCAGAACGGCCUCCCCCCAAAACAAUAGAGGGAGAAGAGGAGUAUGAGGUUGAACAAAUUAUUGACUCCAAAAGGCAACGGGGUAAAUGGUUCUACUUAAUCAAAUGGAAAGGAUAUGGACCCAAGGAUAACUCAUGGGAACCAGAAGAGUUACUUGAGCAUAGUCAGGAGGAGAUCCAACGCUUCAACAAGUUGCGACUGAAAAAGGCUCGUGACUCCGCCAAGAGCCUUUAA